AUGGGAAUUCCACAACAAGAGGAUAAUAGCUUUACACCAAAUGGUUGGAAAUUGGUACCAACACAUGCCACACCCAAUCCAUCAGGAACCAAACCAAUGGAAAUUGAUCAACAAGUAACUUUUAUAACUGGUGUAUUUCCAAUUGAACGUCAUGGUCAUACCACAUGUCUAUACAAAAAUACUUUAAUUCUUUUUGGUGGAACUCCCGAUGGUUCAUCUGGUCUAAAUGAUUUAUAUUUUUUAAAUUUAGAUAAUUUUACAUGGGUAGAAGUUAAAACUAAAGGAAUUUCUCCAAUUGGUAGAUAUAGACAUUCAGCAAUUAUAAUAGAGGAUAAAAUGUACGUCUUUGGUGGAUAUCGUUCAAAGUGCUUGAAUGAUCUUCACACCCUCGACCUAAAGACCCUUACUUGGAGCGAACCACCACAACAAGGCGACACUCCAACCGCCAGAUCAUCGCAUGCAGUAUGCAGUGUCGGAAAAAAGAUGAUUCUAUUUGGAGGUAGUGGAGCAAGAUAUUCAAAUGAAUUAUUCACCCUCAACACUGUCACUAAUCGAUGGACCAAGCAUGAAGUAACUGGUACUCCUCCAUCUGAGAGAUGGUGUCACACUAUUUGUAGUUUUGGUAAAAAGGUAUAUGCAUUUGGUGGUUCAAAUGAUAAAAAAAAGGAUAAUAAGGUUUUUAUUUUAGAUACUGAAACAUUCGAAUGGACACAACCACCAACUUCAGGUGUAUCACCAAGUCCAAGACAAUUACAUACUGCCGUAUCGAUUGGAGAAAGUAUGAUUGUAUUUGGAGGAUGGGGUAGACACCAAGAAUUAAAUGAUUUAUAUAUAUUAAAUACUAGAACAAUGAGAUGGACAUGCCCAAAAAUAGAAACACUUAUUCCAUGUUGUCGACAACUUCACAGUGCAUGGGUAUAUAAUGGUAAAAUGUAUGUUUUGGGUGGAUAUUCCAAGAGCAAGAGAAUGAACGAUGUAUUUUGUUUUAGUCCCGAACAAACAGUGUCUAGUCUCAGAGACCUAUGUAUUGAAAAGAUUGUUGACAAUAUUUCAAACUAUGUUGACUACUUUCCCUAUCUCCCAGAUGAACUCUUAUUCUACAUAUUUACCAGAUUGGCCCAAUCAGGAAAACCCAUUCCAUUAAAACUCGAUCGUCUCAUUCAAAAGUCAUACUUGGCAGAAUACGCUACCAUCAAUUCACCCAAUUUUACAAAUACUACUUUCGAAGAAACUUUACAAUAUCAUUCCUAA